CGAUCAUCUGGUACGAUUGGAAAUGGUGAUUCUACUCCUUUUGGCUUGGUUGAUCCCGAUUUGAAAGCAUACUUGCGAAGUGCACAUGUCACCUUGCAAGAACACAUCACUGCCGCAACCGAAGAAGGAAAAUUGUUGAACAAGGAUGAAGAUAUCAAAGCAUUACGCAAUGCAAUGCUUGAUGAAAUCAAAGGAAAAGAGCUGGUCUUGGCAACUGAUACAGAUACAAGUGUAAUUUUGGAAGAUAUGAUGAGCACUUUUGGUGGUCGUCAAUUAAGAAUAUUAGCAGAAGCACUAACACAACAAACUGUUACGCUUGUUUGUCAUCGAUUCGGUUCUCAUGUCAUUCAAACACUCUUGUCAGCUUUGCAGUAUUUUGCAAUGCAAGACGAUGUAAAGGAAAGCAACGAAGAAGGAAACGGCCUCAGAUCAUGUCAACAAUUCAUCGUCGAUAUCAGUGAAGCAAUACGGCAACAAGUGGGUGACAUCUUUGGUGAUCAAUUUGCGUCUCACGUUUUACGUUCUCUUCUACUGAUCUUGUCCGGUCAACAAGCAACAGUGGAAAGUGUACGAUCAAAGAGGAGCAAAAAAUUUCAUCAAAAGACACAACUUACCACAUCUCGACCUUGGUCAGAGGAAUUCCAAACUCAUCAAUCGGUAGACUUCAAGAAUGCACUAGGCGGAAUGUUACAUACGCUUCAAUCAACUUUGAGUGAUGCUCAGAAAGUACGCGAGAUGUGCAUCAGUCCAACGUUAAGUCCAACGAUUGCAUUUAUUGUAGAACAAGCCGCUAAAUUGGACACAAGUGCGAUCAAAAAAGGCAAAGGUACGAUUGAUUUCCUUGAUGCAUCAUUGGCUGGUCUCGUCUCAAAAGAGCCAGAAGAACGUUCGGCACACAUUGAAACAUUGUUGAGAGAUUCAGUAGGAUCACACUUCUUGGAAGCAGUCCUAAAGGUAGCGCCACAUAGUGUUGUCGAAAGAUUCUGGAAACAUUAUCUGGCUGGCAGGUUGGGAAAGCUGGGAACACAUCCGACUGCUAAUUUUGUCAUAAGUGGAACAAUUCGUCUUUUGGAUACGGCUACUCUGGAACAGGCAUGUGAAGAAGUACGGGAAGAAGGGGAAAAGUUGGUGAAAGCACGUCAUUUUGGUCCACUUAUCGCCUUGAUAGAAAGAGCUGGUCAAUUGGCAUCAAAGACGGAUCCUUCCACUGUUCGAUCAGUUCUCACCGCGUUUGGAAUAUCAGAAGGUGAUGGUGAUGAUAAAGAUGGCGAACCUGCAGUGAUUGAUAUUCUACUGAAGGAUGCAGAUGCGCAAAAUGGAACGAAGGAAGAGGAGCCAAAAUCUGCUAAGGCCGAAUUCAACUUGCAAGGCAGCUUACUUUGUCAAUCAAUUUUGCGUUUAAGUGAACCGGCUCACUCGCCUAUUCUCGACAACCUGCUCGAAAGCGAAGAUCGACUUUUUCUAGCUAUCGCCUGUGAUCCGAUCGGAGUGCAUGUUCCAUUGGCAGCUGUGCAAUCGUCCAAUUUACCGUUUGCAAGCCGUAGUAAGCUCAGUGCAAAGAUUUUGACUUUGCUCGUACCUCUUCUGAGCGACAAAUUCGGCAGUCGAUUGAUGGAUGCAAUCUUUGAUGUAUCUGAUUUGUUCUUUCGCGAAAAAGUUGCUCGUGCUUGUUUGGCAGCAGAGCGCACUUUGCUUUCAACUCCUUAUGGAAGAUACUUUUUCAAACGGAUUCAAAUUGCCCUUUUCCGUAAAGAUGUAGUCCAAUGGAAACAACACUUA